AUGUCAUUGCCAUUCCCAAAUGUCUAUCAUCUCCGAACAGUAGCUGAAGCUUCGUCCAAUGCCUGCUAUGUGUGUCACCGGCCCUCCGCCAAGGUGCUGAUCACCCCUGACAAUAAAGACUUCUUCUAUGUCUGUGUUUCCCACCUCAGCGAUAGAGGAUUUGCUUCCCCUAUUGUAGACGCCGAGGCGGAAGCCGCGAGGAAGAAAAAGGAAUGGAUGGACAAGGAAAUCGAGAAGAUCAAGCAGGAAUACGAAGAGAAGCAGCGCAAGAAGAAGGCCAAGAAAAAGGCCAAAGACGACGACAAAGACAAAAGGAAAGACGACGACGACGAUGACAAGGCUGAGAAAGAAAGGGAUGACAAGAUCAAAGCCAUCCAGGCUGGCGCAAAUGCCAACGACAAGCCAGAAGACAUUCCUCGCGUAUACGCACUGCACAAAAAUUUCUACCAAAUGCGAAUCGACCGUUUACGCAACUUGGAAGUUGCAAAGCGGAAUCAACAGCGAAUGAAAGACCCAAAUUUGUUCCCUGCAGUGCCGAAGGGAGACAUCUCAUGA